UCUAGACAAACAGGGAAAAAAAUUAAAGCCAUUGGAACCCUAAUUGAAACACCAUGGUCAAGAGCAUAAACAAGGUGGAUUACACUCGGAAACGGCAGACACGUGGAGAAUGCAUCGAAACCCUUGAAGAAGAACGCCGCAAGAUCCUCGUCUUCCAACGCGAAUUCCCUCUUUGCCUAGAGCUCGUCACCCAAAGUACGUAUACACACACACACACACACAUACAUACAUACGCUUGUGUCUGCAUUUCGCUAAAUAUAUACAUAAAUUUAGCGAUUGAGGCAUGUAAGAGAGAGAUGUCGGGAACGGCGGCGGCGGAUAACAUGAACAGCCAAUGGGAGUGCUCGGAACAGACGAACGGAGAGUACGGUCGACCCAUCUUGGAAGAGUUCAUGCCCAUCAAGAGAUCAUCUUCUGGUGAUGAACAUGGAUCUCACCGGUCAAACGGCAGAACAGAUGACAGUGACACAAAAUCCGACUGGCUCAAAUCUGUUCAACUUUGGAACCAACCCGACCAGCCCACCAAAGAGGAGCGUUUGCAAGAGAAAGAGACGGUGGUCGGGGUGGAGAGAAACGGCAAAGAGAACAGGAAAACUCCGGAGACGGAGACUAUCGGCGGCGGAGAUGGAAUGAAGAAUGAGGCGGAGAAAGACGUCGGAGUGAAGAGAAAACAGAGGCGCUACUGGUCGCGAGAUUUGCACAGGCGGUUCUUGAACGCUCUUCAACAGCUCGGCGGCGCUCAUGCUGCUACGCCCAAACAGAUAAGGGGGAUAAUGAAGGUCGGCGGAUUAACAAACGACCAAGUUAAAAGCCACUUACAGAAAUAUAGAUUGCAUACAAGGGGGCCGAGCCAAGUCCUCACUACCAACGUCCGAUUACACCACAUCCCGUCCGCCGCCGCCAUAAAUAAAUAAAUAAAUAUUUAUAUAUUCAAAAUGUUGGUUGGUCAGUU